AUGGAUAUCUUCAGCCCCGCAGAUGUUCUAGUUCUCAAAGUCGCCUUUGGAGCCUCAGUUGCCUAUGGGGUCCAGAAACUUAUAUCUCAUACCAGCCAGAAACCCGUCGUGGAGCCACUCAUUCCACCCCGGAGCAAGACCUCAAAUUUAACAAGCAACAUUCUCGCAACUCCGAGUAGGAAUAUCAAGACAGAACUCAAAAGAACAAGAAAAUCAUGCAUGAUUUUUUACGGUAGUCAGACCGGAACAGCAGAAAAGCUCGCCUCUAUUUUUGCGAAAGAGGCUCUCUUUCGAUUUGGCGUUGAAGGUCUCGUCGCAGACCUGGACAAUUUCGACUACGACGAUCUGCUCUCUCUCUCCGAAGAGAACGUUUUGGUCUUCCUACUCGCUACAUAUGGCGAGGGAGACCCCACAGAUAACAGUAUUUCUUUUGAUCGAUAUUGCGCAAAUUUGCGCUCGAAAACGGAUUUGCAGGCGCAUAAUCUCCAUUACGCGUCAUUCGGACUCGGAAAUAGUUCCUAUCAAUUCUACAAUGAAAUGAUCAAGCGUGUCGAUUCAACCCUUAGCGGGGCUGGAGCUCAUCGGAUUGGCUCUGCUGGACUUGGAGAUGAUGCAGAUGGAUCACUCGAGGAUGAUUUCCUGACUUGGAAGGAUGAAACGCUGCCACAGCUUGCAAAUCACCUGGGAUUCACUGAACAGGAGCGUGCACCAAUCGUCAAUCUUGUUAUUUCAGAAACAAAGUCUUCAUCAAGCAUUCCGCUCUUUCUGGGAGAGCCCAACGCCGCACACCGCAAGGGCAAGCUGAGAGGGCCUUGGACAAACUCGAAUCCACUUCCCGCUCGGAUUAGCGAGUCGCGGGAGGUCUUCCAGAACAGUCCCCGAAAAUGUCUCCAUGUAGCAUUCGAUAUUAGCGAUUCGACCAUGACUUACGAGACAGGGGAUCACCUAGGUGUCUCGCCCGAGAAUUCAAAUAGGGAGGUAGAGCGGUUUCUGCGAAUUUUUGGUUUGUUCGAGAAGAAAGACAGUAUAUUCAACAUCGGAAGUGAGGAUCCAACAGUCAAGCUUCCUCUUCCGGCCUAUACCACCUAUGAUGCAGCAACUAGAUAUUACCUUGAUAUCUGCGCCCCGAUCUCUCGAUACAUUUUGGGCAGCCUUGUUAGCUAUUGCUCAGACGAAGUUACAAAGGCUGAACUACUUCGGCUAAGCAAAGACAACGUCGCAUUUGAGAAAGAGGUUAAGAAUCUGUGCUUGAAUCUUGCUCAAUUUCUCGAGGGAUUUGGGUCUUCCACAUUAUGGAACUCUGUUCCUAUUUCACUACUUUUCGAAAUGAUCGGCAAAUUACAACCUCGCUACUAUUCUAUUUCCUCGUCGUCUCUCCAAUCGAGGAAAUGCAUAUCAAUAACCGCGGUUGUCGAGACACAGAAGAAUGACGAGUGGUCCCAUGAAUUCAAGGGCGUCGCAACAAACUAUCUCCUAGCUCAACAUUUCCAAAUCCGGGGUCCCAACGCCCUUGAGCCAACUCACCUGCUCAGCGGUCCUCGCUUUCGUAACACUGCGAUGAGUUCACUUAUCCAUGUCCGACGCUCCAAGUUCCGCUUACCCAAAAUGAAUUCCGUACCAAUCAUUAUGAUAGGUCCUGGUACCGGUAUAGCUCCAUUCCGUGCAUUCGUGCAAGAACGUGCAUGGCAAAAUAGCGCUCAUCCUGCCGGCCGAACAAUUCUCUUUUACGGUUGUAGACGACGUAAUGAGGACUUUCUAUAUGAAGAAGAAUGGAGGCAAUUAGAAACUUCUUUCAAACCUGGAACAUUCAGUAUGCACGUUGCCUUCUCCCGACAAGACCCGACAAAGAAGGUCUAUGUUCAACACCUACUCAACCAGCAGGCCGAGGAACUCAGGGAGCUGAUACUAAGGCAAAAUGCAUGUGUGUAUGUUUGCGGUGAUGCCCAACGGAUGGCGAAAGAUGUAUUCACAGCAAUGGCACAAAUAAUUGGAGAAGAUAAUGCAUUUGACGGCGAUUCUCAGGCUUAUCUAAAAACCUUGAAGAAGAACAAGCGCUGGUUAGAGGAUGUUUGGUAG